AUGGACCAAUAUCUCACAACGUAUCAAAAAGAUUACACGUGGCCUUUGACGAGGAUCAAGCGCACGGCAUCUCUGUUAAGCGAGCAUGAUUCUUGUCGUUGCCAUGAUCGUCCACGAGAAAUAAAGCCUCUUAAACGUUGCGGAGAUGAUUUCGAUUGGAAUCGUAUUAGUCCCAUGGGACGACUGCUGGACCCAAAGCUGUAUCCUGCGAAGACAGGCCCAUAUCCGGAAACAGAGGCCACGAGAUUCGAUCAACCGGGCACGUACAUGAGGAAGGUGAGACAAUUACGGUGUACAAACUUAUUGCAAUUGCUAUUGAAACGAUGAUUUCAGUUGGAAGAGAAAUACCCUAAUCUCUAUGGAAUUCUACAGAGCACACCCAUGGACGAAAUAAUUAGACGGGUUGACGAAGAUCGGCUGAGGACGACGUAUCAAUUGGAUUACUCUGACCCUGCUGCUGCACAAAUGGAGGAAAUAUCUAUGGGUCCUUGCGCUGUUAAGCAGCAACAAGUAAAAGAUAUAGAUUGUCGACCAUCUGCGCUAUCGAAAAGCACUCUACGUGACAAGGAUAAAUCAGGCAAGGAGAAAACCUCGAGGAAAACGAGCGAAGACGAAUCACAGGAAACGCGAUUACCGCCCUGGCGAUCGGAAUACCAAGAUACUAUCCACAAACUAGGCCAGGCGAUUAUGAAACACCAAAUUCAUCACAAAAAGAAGCAAUCGCCAGAUUGGGCUAUGGCUGCCUUGUAA